GCAGGAGCGUGGGAAGGAAUUUUAAAGGGACCGUCUCACCCGGGCCUGGUAGCCCGCGGGGACUGCUGAUGGUGAGGGCUGGGUAGCCCCAGGAGUCCGUAUCGAGGAGGUAGAGGAGAAGCAGGGCUGUGUGACCUCUCCUGGAGGUGACCAGGGAGAGAGAGGGGAGCUGUGUAAAUGCCCUCGGGGCAAUAUUGGGAUGGCUGCCCCCCAAGGAGAAAUGCGGGCUAGAAGGGACUCUGGAAUUACACCUGGGUACUAAGAGCAUUCUGCCAUCUCCCACGCCGGCGGGGUGCCCAGCCAUGGCCAGACCACCCGCCCCCGGCUCAGUGAUUGUCCCCGACUGGCACGAAAGCGCCGAGGGCAAGGAGUACUUGGCCUGCAUCCUGCGCAAGAACCGCCGGCGGGUGUUUGGGCUGCUCGAGCGACCAGUGCUGCCCCCAGCUGUGGCUGUUGACACGGCCAGCUACAAGAUCUUCGUGUCUGGGAAGAGUGGCGUGGGUAAGACAGCGCUGGUGGCCAAGCUAGCUGGCCUGGAGGUGCCUGUGGUACACCACGAGACCACUGGCAUCCAGACCACCGUGGUAUUUUGGCCGGCCAAGCUGCAGGUCAGUGACCGUGUCGUCAUGUUCCGCUUUGAGUUCUGGGACUGCGGGGAGUCUGCGCUCAAGAAAUUUGAUCACAUGCUGCCGGCUUGCAUGGAGAAGACAGACGCUUUCCUCCUCCUCUUCUCUUUUACCGACCGUGCCUCCUUCGAAGACCUCCCUGGACAGCUGACCCGCAUAGCAGGCGAGGCCCCUGGUGUCGUCAGGAUGGUCAUUGGCUCCAAAUUUGACCAGUACAUGCACACAGACGUGCCUGCGCGAGACCUCGCAGCCUUCCGGCAGGCCUGGGAACUGCCCCUCCUGCGGGUAAAGAGUGUGCCAGGGCGGCGGCUGGCAGAUGGGCGGACACUGGAUGGGCGGGCUGGGCUGGCCGACAUUGCCCAUGUGCUCAAUGGCCUGGCAGAGCAGCUGUGGCACCAGGACCAGGUGGCAGCUGGCCUGCUCCCCAGCCCCCCAGAGAACACACCUGGCUGAUAUGAGUGGGCACCUGUGACCCUUAUUCCUGACCCUCAGGUGAUCCAGAGCAGGGGACAGGACCCAGGGCCUGGGGCUGGGGCAAGAAUAUUGCUCUCAUUCGGAGGAUUGGUCAGGGAGGAUGGUGGCCUGUGAAGACUCUGCCCCUUGCAGCACUUCCCUUGCAGAACUCAUGGCAGUGAGGUGGGCGCACAAGGCUCUGUGGGCAGUGGUUUGAGCCCUCUGGUCUCCCUUGGCCCUGGGGGCAUCUAGGCUCUGGAAACUGAAGAACUGCAUGGACAGGGCCCCAGGACUCAAGCAUCUCCCCAACCCCAACCCCCUGCUAUCCCUUCCCCGCCUUCUGCAGUACAAAGGGAAGGUGACUGGGGAGACAGGGGUCUCACUUGGGCCCUGGACCUCAAGUGACUUCAGUCAAGAGCCCAUAUUACCAGUUGGGGCAAAA